AUGGCCGAGAUCGCUGGGCUUGUCUUGGGAGUAGCUGGCCUUGUGGGUGUGAUAGGCGCAUUUAGGGAUGCCAUAGACCUAUUCAAUGACUUUAUGAGCUCACGAGAAUUCGGCCGAGACUACGAAAUACUGGAGACCAAGUUUGAUAUUGAGAGGACUAUUUUAUUACAGUGGUCCGAGCAAGUAGGGCUCUUACGACCGGACUACGAUCGAAGACUAGACGAUGUCAAUAUUCAGUGUGCUAUCGCUCGCAUCUUAGGGUGCAUUAAACUACUAAUAGGUGACGAAGCCCAGCUGAAAGAUCGUUAUGGCCUAGGCAAGGCGGAUGAGCAGCGGCCUGAUAAUGAAACGGGGUUGGUGGGCGCUAGACACACCAACUACGUGGCCGUGAUUAGCGGCCAUCGAAUGGCCAAGUUUGUUAAAGAAUUCGAGGCGAUGAAACUACGAAGUAAUAUACGCGAUAAAAAAUCGACAACGAGCAAGCGAAUUCGUUGGGUUGUCCGGGAUAAGGCGAGAUUCGAGGAAUUAGUCAAGGAACUAAACCACUUCACUACGAAGCUUACGCAGAUUGUUCCGAUAUCUGACAAUCAAACAACUAGUCGGAGCGCAACCGACAAAGAUGUCGCUACCAUUAGGGAUCUUAGAGGGCUCAAACUCGUCCACGAAGCAGCAAUCGGAAGUAGAGUGGUAAUUGCUGAAUUAACUCAGGAGCAUAUCACACGUACUUGUCAGGAGCAGAUUCUUUGCCGGUUGUGGUUCAGAACUAUCGAUGAAAGGAGGGAGUCAAUUUCCGAAGCGCAUCAUAAAACAUUACGAUGGGCACUUGCACCACCCGAGGGGACUUACCCGUGGGAUGAUCUCUCGGGAUGGCUUCAAUCUGGCUCGGGGAUCUACUGGGUUUCUGGGAAGGCCGGGAGUGGCAAGUCGACGCUGAUGAAGCACAUAAUCCAGCACAAACGAACAAGACAACUCUUAUCUAGAUGGGCCGGCAACACGAGAUACUUCCUAAAUCAUUAUUUCUUCUAUAAUAUGGGAAAUUAUGAUCAAAAGUCUCAGGAGGGAUUAUCAAGAACUCUUCUAUACCAAAUACUCUCUGAAUACCCAUCUCUUAUCUCCGAAGUCCUUCCAAACAUGUGGAAGCAACUCUACGACAGCAACGGCGCAGCGAACUUGCCAUCUGUUACCGAAACAAAAUAUGCGUUCCGGGUCCUUGCGACGAAGGCAUCACAGAUCGGCAAGUUCUGCUUCUUCAUUGAUGGGCUAGAUGAGUUCGUGGGGAACUAUCUGGAUAGUAUAGAUUUUCUUAGGGAGCUUGCUACGAACUCUCAUAUUAAAAUCGUGGUUUCGAGCAGACCAAUUCCAGAUUGCGUUGCCUCUUUCGACGGACUUCCGUCGUUGGAUCUGCAUCAUCUAACACGUGCCGAUAUCAGGGCUUAUGUCGAAGAAACCAUCGGCAGUCAUAGAUAUAUGCAAGGCCUCUUAGAUCGACAUCCUGAUGAGGCAACGGCCAUUAUGGAAGACCUAGUCGAUAAGUCUUCCGGCGUUUUCCUCUGGGUUAUCCUCGCUUGCAGGUCCCUUAUUCUAGGGUUUGCAGAUUACGAUAGAAUUCACGAGUUGCGGCGUCGCGUCGAUGAGCUGCCACCGGAGCUAGAGGAAAUGUUCCAACACAUGCUUAAUGGAAUAAAUAAACGCCAUAGGGAACAGGGGUCUCGGAUGCUGCGAAUAUGCUUUGUGGCGCGACAGGCGCGGGAUAGGCUUGAGUACAGCGACAUGACCUUGCUCGGCUUGGCGCUAAUAGAUGAUGAUUAUACGAGCAUGGAGCGAAUACCGAAAUUAAGCAAAGGCCAGAAGCGCACGUUAUGUGAAGAGUUAGAAGGUCGAUUAAGGAGUCGAACGGGAGGACUACUGGAGACAUAUUGGGGGGCGAGUCGCGUCCGUCGGGAAAACCGUAAGCAUUGCUUCUGCGGUUCAUGGGGUGAAGAAGAGCACGAUGUCAAGAUCGAUGCAAGAGUCAUAUUUAUGCAUCGGACAGUCUUUGAAUUCUUAAGUAACGAGAAAUCAUGGGAUCUUGAGUGUUUGCGACCUCCCGAUGGGCUCCAGGCUGCCUCGGAACUGUCCCUAAUCGGUCUCUAUUCAUCCAUGAUGAGCAUCCCCUAUGAUUCUGCGCAGGCGACUCGAUUCCUCCGCGACGGAUUCGAGUGGGGGGCACAAUCCGAUAUUCAGAAUCCUGAAAACAAAACCAAUAUUUUCUGGGUCAUCCAGCCCUUCAUCGAUACUCUGAAAUCAGAUCCGCAGAACGACGACGAUAUGCUAGGGCGGAUUGCCGAGGCGAAUGAAUCGUCAUCGGUAGUGAUAGAUCUUGCUGUUGAAGCCGGCGCGAUUAAUUUUCUUAAGAGCCAUCUUCCCUCCCCACUCGAUAAUCCGUCAAAACUUAAGAAGGAUAGAUGGUCCGCCUUACUUUAUCAGGCUGUUUCUCUCCCCUUGACCUAUGGAGGUAUCCGAGAGUGGAUAUAUGGUGAAGAUACGUAUGGGCUGUCAUCCGAAAUGGCGUCUCUGCUCAUUUCUCACGGCGGAGACCCAAAUUACGAAGUCUUCGAUCCGGUCGAGGCAGCUACAACGACCCCAUGGCUUAGUUGGCUGGAAUCAACAUCGUGGAUCAUUCUGGACGAAAGCGACCGGUUACUUCUCGCAGAACUUGCCGAGAUUUUCCUCCGCUCUGGCGCCGAAAUAUCGGAAGACUUUCGCCAGUGGGCCCAGAGAGAACUUCAGGAGAGUCGCUACCGUCAGGUUCGGAAAGCGGGUUCCAAGUUACUCGAUCUAGCUGAGCAGCUAGAGCUUGAGAACCCUCCGAAUUACUCUGACGAAGCUGAAGAAUCGAGCGAGGAUGAGAGAAGUAGAAAAUUCACAUCCGGGGGAGUAUCGUCGUAUUUCAAUGCUCAAUGUCUACCUAAUUUACGGAAGAGGGAAGGCGAUGUGCUCCCAGAAGAAUACCACAAACGAGCCCGUUUGUUAGGUCUCUAAAUCGAUACGUGCGAUAUUGGAAGGGACCUAUCUAAACGGCCUCUAUUGCGGCGGGAUUGGCGAUUACGAUUGCUGGAAACCUGAUGCAUCGACCGUAGUGAGCAACCUCUCACGAUAAAAAGAAAAAAAGAAAAGAAAAAAAAUUACAAUGUGUUUUACGUAGCGUUAUCUAAUUCCAUCUAGCAACCCCUAUUUUCAAAAAAGUCGCUUCAAUAACC